ACAGAUGUCAACAUUUAUUUCAGGAGCAGGUCAAAGAAAGCAGGCUCACACUGAAAAAGAAUGAUUGAUAUAGAAAACACCACUUCAGAUUACUCUGCUGACUACAACUACUCUGACUCCAGCCCCUGUAGCACUGAUGCAACCCUCACUCUGGGCUCUGGGUUCCAGCCCACACUGCUUUCGCUUGUCUUCCUCCUAGGUUUGACUGGUAACAGCGUGGUUCUGUGGGUCCUGGUCCGGUUCAUCAGGCUCAAGAGCCUUACAGAUGUCUGUCUCCUGAACCUGGCCAUCUCUGACCUGCUAGUGGCACUCUCACUGCCCCUGUGGGUCUAUCGUGCUACAGGGCAGGGGUUUGUGGGAGAUGGCCUGUGCAAAGCCACGGCAGGCAUAUAUCGGAUGGGUCUUUAUAGCGGGAUCCUGUUUGUGUCGCUCAUGAGCGUGGAUCGUUACCUGGCCAUCGUUCAUGCUGUUGCCGCUAUGCGGGCCAGAACCCUGCGGUAUGGCGUGAUCGCAAGUAUGGCAGUCUGGACCAUAUCCAUCUGCGCCUCCCUCCCAGAGAUCAUCUUUACCAUUGUUCUCGAAGAUGACGGUUUAGACAACUGCCAUCAGAUCUAUCCCCUUGGAUCAGAGAUGACGUACAAACUGCUCCGCAAUUUUGGGGAGAAUGCAGUCGUGCUCUUCAUCUCCCUGCCCAUCAUGUUCUUCUGCUACAGCAGAAUCCUGGCCGUCUUACUGAGGUCCAGGAACUCCAACAGGCACCGCGCCAUGAGGCUGGUCUUCGCCAUUGUCAGCGUGUUCACGUUCUCCUGGGUUCCGUACAGCGUGGUGGUGUUCCUGAUGACGCUACAGGAGCUGGACAUUUGGAACACGUGCGAGUCUCUGGCGCGGAUGGAACUGGCCCUGAGUGUGACGGAGACCAUCGCCUUGACGCACUGCUGUUUGAACCCCAUCAUUUACGCUUUUGUGGGAGAAAAGUUCAGGAAGCACAUGAGCAAUGUGUUAUUUCGAAUCCCGCUCUGCGCAGCACACUGCCAGCAGCGGCUGAUUCACAGUAAGGUGUCCGAGAACGAUACAUCCAACACAACUGUCUGAUGCCU